AUGCUCCGUGGCCGGGGGCGUGGCAUCGCGAUAAGCUGGGGCCUGCGCCGCCUUGGGACCCUAUUUGCAUAGGGGCGGGGCGGGGUGGAAAAAACGGUCAGGCACUGCAGGGGCGGAGCCAGCGCCUGAUUGACAGCCCAGAGGCCAAUGAGAGAAGAAACGGCUGCUCACGGAACGCGCCGCCUACGGUUAAACUGUCACCGGCUCCUUGGAGUUCAUUGUAACGGGUUUUACCUGUCAGUUCUUAAUCUGGCUCGGCUCCGCCAACCGCUUUCGAAACUUCCCCUCUCUGGCGAUUUCUACAAGGUUUUGGACCUACCUUGUCUAAAGCAGCUUGGUGAGCGCUGUUACCCAUGUCAAUCUUACAGCACCAGAGGCUGAGAAGUCUGAGAUCAACGUACUGGCAGUUGUGGUUCCCGGUGAUGCCUCUUUCUGGCUUGCAGAUGGCCACCAUCUAUCUGCGUCCUCACAUGGUAGACCAAGAAAUAUUGGCAGUCAUGGGUACCUCUCAUUCUCCUGAGAGGGCUCGGAGUUCUCUGAAAGGGCCUUGGAAUUUGGCGCCUCAGAUGUGCCUAAGAACAGCUUUGUGGGUUUACUCCAAGCAGCUGGUGAGCUUCUCCAGACGUGGCUGGAUUCCCAGAAGGACUGAGUGGGAACGGACCAUGUGGUGUGCUACCUGUGUUCUUGGCUUUACUGUAAAAAUGAAAAACUUCCAAGUGGAAAUUCCAUUCACCCGGCUGGGGCACCUGGUGCGGAUGCUGGCCAUGCACUGCCAGGACCCAGUGGACGGCAUCUGCUCCUUGUCUGCAGAGGCCACCUGCAACCUCUACUGUGUCCUCCUGCCGCAAAAGCACCUGCACAGCCUCUCUCAUCCCUGCCCUCCAACCUCUGCACACGCUCCGUUCCAGAAGAGCCAGGGCCUAGAAUUACCUGAGCACUUUGUUUCCAUGGAGGGACCUGCCUCCAAACACCUGCAGUGACCUUCUGGGGACAAAAUACCUGCUCAGGAAAGAGUUCUUUUGAAUUAGUUCCUCCCCAUCUGGCUGAACUUCAUACUCAUCCCCAGUUCUGUCUCUGCUCUGAGGAAGGCAAAGUGGGGAUCCUUAGAUGGGGGCCUUCAGCUCCAUUCCUCAAGGUGAUGUCCGCUCUCCCCUCCCCCAGCCCCCUGCUCUUUGCAAGCUGGCUUAGCUCAGUAGGUGCCUUGGGCUAGGCCAGGUCCCUGAAAGGUGGGAAAGGGUGGCCUCAGAAGCCUUCUGAGUCUCUGAGGGGUGGGCUUGGGGCCUGUGCUUCAGAGAUGGGAAGGAAACAACGGGGGCUGUUGGUGGAAGAGGACCAGAGUGAAGCCUGCAGUGCCAGCACGGUUCAGAUCAGCAAGGGGGGAAGGGGCAGAGACAGAGUGGGGAGGAGGGGUCUCAUUUACAUAAUGUUCUACCCCCUCGGGUGGGACUCUGGUAUUCCCCUGCCUUCCCUCUCUGUGACUGGCCGUGAAAAUUUUCUUUGGGGGACUGUCCUGUGCCAUGGAAGACUCAGGCCUGGGCUCCCAAAUGCUCUCUCUUAAGGACACUGAGUCCUGAUCGUUCAUCAUGGCCUGUCCCACAGGAGCAUUGGUUUCAUGGUCCUGAUGCUUCCUGAGCAAUGUGUGUCCCAAGUUCUGCCUCAGAGAGGUGGCACUAAGGAUCCUAGCACCAGCCCCCUCCCCCACUACUCUUCCUCUCCAGCCUCUGACAUCUGAGCCCCACAUUGCACCUGAGGUCAGUGUGUCUGCCUCCCACCCCAAGGACUCUGGCUGUGGGGACAGUGUCCUCUGGGAACACAGCAGACAGGACGGGCCUAGGACAAAGGGCAUCUUGCUCCUGGAGGGGUUCUUCCCAGGACCAUCCUCUUCCCAGGAAGGGUGGUCCGGGGCAUCUGAGGCAGGGUGCCCAGGUGAGCUCAGACUGACGGCCCAUGUUGCAGGUGUUUGCAGAGUACUUCACCCAGAUCCGGCUCAGCACCCUGGAGCUGGAAGCCAUGGAGCAAGGCUGAGUUUUCUGUGGUUGCUGCCCAGCUGAUGGGCAUUGUCAUGAAAGAGCAGGGCAGAGACAUGAGUGGCACUAUGGCAAGAGCUCUGCCCUGUAAAUCAGGAGCCCUGGGCUCUCUCCUGGCUCUAGUACCAAACAGAUGAAGGGCCUCUGGCAAGUCCCUUCUCUUCUGUUGGUCUUAAUUCACUCACCUAUAAAAUAUAGGUGAGCUUGGACUAAAUUUUCUGUGUGGUCCCACUGAGCUGUGACAAUUGUAAUCUUGAGUUCAAAACCGCCUCCUGCAUUGGGUCUGGUUCCUCACUUAACAUCAUCAUGUACAGGGCUGCAGGCAGCUGGGGUGGCUAAAAGUGAGAGCAUAGGGAGGCAUUGUUGGGGGUAUUCACCUUGUUCCCUGGGAUGCCAGGGCUUAGGCUGUGGAUUGCACAUCAACAAGCUCGUGGGAUGAGUCUGACCUUAGAAUGCAUUAGGUCUUUUCUUUUUCUUUAGUUUAACAUGAAAGAUUUGGCAUAAAAAAAAAUCUAUAUUUCCCACUUCACUGAAAAAAAUUUAAAAUGUGUUCACGUAGGGUACCUAUCUGAGUGGCCACUGUCCCUUUAAUAGAUAGAGCAUGGGCCCUCUCAGACCAUCCUACUCUCUCUGAGUCCCCUGACAGCUCUCGCUCACUUAUGUGACCUUCCUGGCUCAGGGACUGGAACUGGAAGGACGUGCUGAGGGUGUCUGGAAGCACUGCACUGGAGUGGUCUUUCCGGGGCUCUGUGUUAAGGACUUGAGGGCCAGGACAGAGCCUGGGGCACCCCACCUCCCAAUGCCAUUUGUCCCUGCAGUGCUGAGGGUUGAAAUUAAUUGAAAAUUGAUCCUAGCUGGAAGGGGACCCUCGGAAGUGUCUGCAGGGCCCUUGCCUUCCCUCCUGGUGGACUGGCACCUCCUGAGUAAGCUGAGAACUCAUCUAUAAGCUUUGGGGCUGUGGGCAGGCAUUUGCUACAGUGGCCUUGGUGCCAGCUUCUAGAUUUUCUCCUGUGGCCCUUGCUCAUCUGGCAUCGGGUGGCCCAGAACUCUGCCUUGAGAAGGGCAUCACUGGCAGGACUGUAACUAGGCCCCCUUGAGUUUCGGAGUUGGUGGAAGAGGAGGGUGGGAAGGGAGCAUGGAAGGAGUUAUGGGGAGUUCUCUUGGCUCUGCCCUGUAGCUUGAGGAAAUUGUGGAGGGUGUCCUUGAAUGGCUCAACUUGAAUCCGGAGCCCAAGAUAAAGGAGACCCUGCAGGCCCUGUGCUCUCUUGCAGCCAGUAACAGCUGCACUCUGGUCCCCAUGCUGCUCAGCAAGCCCCUGCCCUGUGACAGGUACCUCCGCCCUGGCCCAGGGGCACAUUCUAUAGCCCAGGAAGCCCCUUGUGCCUGGCCCCAAGCCCAGAUUAAAAGUCAUCCUGCAAGGAUGCUGUCUCUUUACCCCCUUCUCUUUGAUCCCAAGCAAGCCUCCUCUCCAUGCGCUCUGGCCAAUUUCUCUUUGGUCUCACUUCCUCUGGUCCCUGAGAACCUGCUCUUCAUGGGCCUGAGAUCAGACUUGUCCUAGGAGUGUGAUAAGCAGGGCCCAUGACAUUGCUGUCCCUGGGUUUUGCAGCUCUACUCUGGCCAUGUGGAAGUUAUUUGGCAUCCAGCGAGACACCAGACUCAAUGUCCUGCAGCUGCUCACAGACAUCCUGGAAAAGACCCGCUCCAGGGAGGACACAGUGGAGAUGGACCCCCAGCCUGUGGCGGUCAGUACAGGGAGGAGGGGCCUAGGACGUCCUGUUCUGGGAGCUUGGGGGCAGAGUUGUGGAUCAAAGGGCUUGACUUCCAGGGUCAAGGAGGUACUGAGAAGGGGCAGAGAGGAGAAGGUUCACACUGGCUCUUCACAGGAGCACUGUAACCUCCUUUUGGUGCUUUUGGAUCUAAGAAUGCAUGGUGGAGAAGGGGCGGGGACCAAUCCCACUGUAUGAAGAAGGAAACUGACAAGCAGGGUCACCACCUUGUGCUCUCUCCUGAUUCUGAGGCUGGCCUCAUUUUACAGGAAGCCUGGGGGCGUGGCAAGGGACAUAGGAGAGGAGGAAGAUUGGUGGUCUGGAGUUAGUGUGGACAAAGUAUGGCAGAAAUCAUCUUCUGCUGAACAUAUAGAGUCAGUUUCCUUUCCACUGUUAAUGUCAAGUGAGCAGAAGAGGAAGCAGAUUGCAUGUGGGUGGCCCCCUCAUUUCCCUAGGGGUGAGGUGGGGUGUUCAGUCUUUGGAUGUUUCUUACAAGCUUGGCUCAGAGUGAGCUGUGCCUGCUGGGCAGUGACAGGGAGGCAGAGUGGGUGACAUUCUGCAGGCUGUCCACUGCAUGCACUGCCACCCGCACCUCAGAGUUCAAGAAGCCCCAUAAGAAUGGAAUCAGCCUCUUGAGAGCCUUUGUCUAUGUGGGAGAAGGCAGAGAUCACACACUACCUGGGGAUCAAGCGGCUCUCUGGGACUUAGAGCACAUAGAUGGUGCUAAGAGGAACAGACAUGGGAAACCUAGGGGCUGGACAUGCCAAGGAAAUGAAGGCUCAGGGGGCCAGACAGCUUGAGGACAUGCCUAGGGAGGCCCACACACUGGGUAUUGUGAUGUCCUCGGAUGAGGGGGAGAUGUAUUAAACCUGGGGCAACUAAGGGACCCAAGGAGGAAAAGCAAAUGCUUCAGGGACUCCCAGGGACUCCCACUGGGCCCUCCCCCACUCUUACAUAUUCUGGGUGCAGGGCCGGGUUACUGGUUCCCCGCAGGCCAGUUUUCUCCAUGAUGAGAUUGGAUCUUGAUUUACUGAAUUAGAGCACCCAGAUAUUCAUGCCUCAGGGUCUGUGCCACUGAUGGUGCCAGAGAGCUGAGGGGCAGCACAUCAUGGUUACAGACAGAGGAAAGGUUGUGGGGACCCUGUGCUCCCCUCCAGUCCCUCAGCCACUGCUCAGGCAAGGACUGCAUCCAGCUGAGGGCAGUGGCAGAUCUGGUCACAUGGGGAGGAGGCUAUGAGGAAGGGCUUGGGGGUAGUGCUGGUAAGCCUUGAAUUUGGAGACCGAUUCUGGGAUCUGUGCAUUAUUUUGGGAGGACUAAAACUGCUAAUACCUUCCCAGCUUUCCUGGCCUUCUUGAACCAGUCUGCUGAUGGGCCAGGGAAGGGAACCCAUUUGAGAUGGCCUGCUUCUCUUUUUCUCUCCUCACUGGGACAAGUGAGCUAACAUCCUGUUAAACAGGCAGUCCCUCAGCUACAGGAAGGUGAUGGCUGCAGCUGUUGGGCUCUCCCAGCUUUCACCUGGGCAUAGAAGGCCCUGGCCAGGAUCUUCCUACCCUCAUUCCUGCUGCAGAGAUACUUCUGCACAAGGCUCAUGAUUUGGUGAAGAAAGGAAGCAUCACACGUCUUUACCAUUUUGCUGGUUUGGGACACACAAAGCAAGCAGUUGCCAGGGGUGGGGGAAGUGACCAGGGGCCAGUGUGCACCCAACUGGGAAGACAUGCGGGCUGAGGAGUCAGGAGAGCAGAGAGCUAGGAGGUGGGAGAGGGAGGGAGGAAGGCUACUAUAUUUGAGUGCUGGGACCUGGGAAACUGGGGUCGGGGGUCAGAGUGGUGCCAGGGACACUGGGGAAGUGGUUCCCUCUUGUCAGGUCUAUGACCCAUGUGUGGAAAGAUUUGGAGCUGGACAGAAGGUCCCAGCAUGGAUGGUCAUGUGCAUAGGACACUACUCUUUCAAACGCAGCUGCCAGUACCAACUGCACUACGUCCAAAGCAAAACUGAAGGCCACCACCAUCAGGUCUGUGAAAAAAAAAAAGGACAAAAGAUGAACAAGGUGUUGCAUUCCUGUGCUGGCGAGUUGGAGACAGUUCUCAGAUCUGGGAUCUGGGUUCUGCUCUGCUGCUGACAAGAAGUCAUGACUCUGUGGCCCCAUCUCCAAUUGCUCAUCCACUCACCCCCUCACCCAGACCCUCCUCCAACCAUGGAGUCCUAUGAAAGACACCACAGGGAUGUCCUAGUGGCGGUUUCCAAAUGCUGCUCUCGCACUUCACCUCCACACCUAAUCAGUGUCUCUCCUUUGUUGGCUUCAUUUGUUUUCAUUUUCAUUUCAUAUUUCAUUGGAAUCAAAUGUGUGAGGUUAAAGAAAAAGCAUGACAACCUCUUAUUUAGGAGUCCAGCCCCCACCUCACAGGUGAGAAAACUGAAUUCCAGUAGGGACUUGCACAAGAUGGGGCAGCUAGUGAGGAAGUGAAGGCAGAGGCCAACCAGGCUGAUUCAAAUGGCCAACCCUGAGUGCAGAGGCUGACACAGUCUUGGCCCCGUCAUCUGCUGUCCUAGGAUGGGAUGACUGCAGCAAUGUGUAAUGGCCCAUUCUGAGCUAGUGUGCAUGUGAUAGCUUUCUUUUUGGUUUUGCCAUUGAAGGACUGAUGAGGAAUCCUCUCUGUUUAGCCAUUAUGCUGUGAUGUGCACAUCCAACUUGUUAAAAAGUCUACCUCUGUUCAGGAACUCUCUCUCCUGUCCUACCAUGCCUCUGUCAUUUGGCACUGUGCCUAGCUCAUGAUAGAUGCUCAUGACAUAUUUGUUCAGUUAAUAUAUAAUGCACUCCUGAAAGUAUAAGAACUUAGCUGUUUGUGGACAUUACUCAUUCACAUAAGCUAAUAUAGACUUAAACAGUUUUAACCACAGCAUAACUAGGAUAAAAAUAUGCAUUUUUAAAAACGUGGCAUGCUUAAGCUAAAUUCUUAGAAGGGAAGAAAGUUACGAGCUGUAGAUGUGGUCCAUGGUAGAAUUAAAGCCAUGAUGUUGGUUGUCCUGGCCCUGUGCCUACAUGAACUGACUUCUCAGCUCUGGGGGUCUAAAGAGAAUCACUCAGGGACACAGCAGUGUGGUCUCCACAGUGAGGAAGCAGGGCGGCCGGUGCUCCCUGGACACGCACACGGAGAUGGGCAUGAGAGGCAGCCGGGGAAGCCACCGCCUCCUCAUCUCCAUUUUGUGCUCCAUGGCAGUGAGGAUCGCAGCCACCUCUGUCCUGGACCACAUGCUGGGGCAGGACAUGAAAUAUAAGCUAGGAGACACAAUGAAAAGGGAACUGCAUAAAUUUCUGCUCCCGUUGCUGCUGAACAUGCAGGAGGAAAACAGUGAGGUGGUCAAGGUACACUGGUUAUCACUGUCCUGCCAAGCCCAGGCCACUGCAUGCCCUCUUUGUGCCUGAGCAGAGCCCCUUCCCUUCGGCUCUUUCUUCACUAGGCCGGCCGUGGCUGUGCACUCUGCAGCCGCCUGCUUGGCAUCCUCCUCUGGGCUGGCCCUGAGCACUGUUCUCUUUCUGGAGAACAGGUCAAGUGGCUUCUAGGUGGAAACAUUCUGUAAGACAGUGCGAAUGGAUAGGCAACUUGCGCCACAUCCACACAAUGGAAUGCCACUAAGCCCUAAAAGGGAACGAACUAUCGAUAUGCACCAUGUCAUGAGUGAACCUCCAGAACACGUGCUAAGUGAAAGAAACCUGCCACAAAAGGCUGUUUCUUAUGGAAGUUCUGGAUAGGCAACUCCAUAGAGAUAGAAGUAGAUUAGCAAUUGCCAGGGAGGGGUGAGCAAGGGAAUGCACUGUGUGUGGAGGAUUGAGGGAUCUCACUGGGGAGAGAUGUUUUAAGACUGAUAUACUGUGGUGAUUGCACCAUUCAGUAAAGUCACUGAAAAUCAUAGAAUUAUAAAACAAAACAAACAAAAAACCCUGAGUCACAUUCACUGUGUUCAGUUGGACGCAUUUUUUAAAAAAGCACUGAGAAUGAAAAUCAUCCUUCACCAUCCAUAGUUGGGGGAGAAUUUCCUUCCGGGCUUUUCUCCACGUACAGAUACUUUGUCAGCACCACUGGGCUCCUGCUGGCAGUGAGGCUUUGUAGUGCGGUCAUCUUGCCUACUUCCACACUGUGUCCUACAGCGUUAGCUCUCCGAGGCCAGUGCAACUUAAAGUCACCAGGGGAAAAGCCAGUAAGUUUGGGAGUGGCAGUGGUACAUGAAGUUAAGUGUGUAUGCUCAGUGUGCUAGCCAAUGUGCAUUUUGGUUCUGCAAGGGGAAGAGACAGGGGCAGAGAGAGUGUCUGGGGUGUUCCUUCCAUCUGUCCAUCUGGAUGCACUGUCUGCUGCUCUCCGAGCUCUGUGUCCUAGAAAUGUGCCAUCUCCCACCAGCUCCUGUGCCCUCGGCUUCCUGCUGGGUUCCCUGAUGGGAGAUCAUUGGGCAGGAUGGAGAGAGGCUGGGGUAUUCCUUCUCCAGCCUCCUCUGUGCCAUCCGUCCCUCUGUCCCCAGCCACAGCUCUCUCCUGCAGUCCCUUCAGGUUCUGGUAACUGCUCCCUCCCCUGUCCAGCCCUGGGUGCUUCAGCCUCUCUGCUUGGCUCCCUGCCCUGCUGCCCUCUGCGAGCCUGCCCUUCACGUGGUCACUCUGAUGGUCUUUUCCGAGGGGCUUUUGUUCCCUGCUGUGCAGCGUGUCCUAAAUGUACUGGAGCAGGAGUUUCUCAUGGAGGUCACGUGGGAUACGGCUAGGGAAACAUUGUUCUCCAGCAGCCUUUUGAAUGGCUGCAUAAUCCCCCAUAUUGCAUGUGUGAGGUUGUCAUGUAUUUAACCUCCUACCACAGAGCCGUUGGCCAUUGCUGGUGUUUUGUACAUCUUUGUGCAAUGAUUAUGUCCUUUGGAGAGAUUUCUAGAAUGGCCAUAGGGCACGCCCACUUAAAGGUAUUUCCAGUAGAUCUUUGAGCUCUGGAAGCCUGCCCAGCCCAGGAGCAGUGUCCUACCAGCUUGAGGGCACCACUCCCUGCAGACUAUGGCUGUGGAAGCUGCAGACAGCAAUUUGGUUUGGAGACCCCAGGCCUGUUUUGUUCGGGCACUUUGAGGACACUUGUUCUGUGAGCUCUGUAGCAGGUCCUGCCUGAAGUGUCCUGUCCCUUCUCAACAAGGGAUGUUUGAGAAACAGGUUUGAGUCCCAGCUCAGCCACUCCCAGGAGUAUGACAUAGUCCCAUCGUGGAGGCCCUCUGAGGUCUGGCCCUCAGAGUUGUGAAACUCAGGGUUUGCAUGGGAUCUGAUCAAAUAGUCUCAAGUGCCCACCACUUUGCCCAGCCCGUACUGGGGGUGAGACGCAGUGGCCGUGCGUCUGCCUUUUCCGAGCUGCACGCACACAUCCAGGCAUGAGGUCUUGGUAUUUUGUUGUCUGUGUGACUUUGCCUUCCCUGGCCCUGGCACCAAAGUGGCAUUUGUCAACUCCUUCAGAUGCACAAAGUGCUGUCUGGCUACUUGUGACUGUGAAUUUAUUCAGGCUUAAAAUAUUUCUUAAAAUGAAACUCUUGCC